UAAGCAACCUUCUUGCGAUACCCUUUGGCAGAUGACAGACGAACGUUUCAUUCAAAACGCCAGACGACGAUUCGAGUUUAGAAGGAUAGAAGCUAAUCGAAGUAGUAGCUUGUUUGAUUUGGUUGUCAUUGAGUAAAUUUGUAUUGACAACUUGUUUCUUGUCAUUUUUAAUAGAGCAAUGGAUAAAAUUACUGCUGGGAAAUCUCUGGUUUUGAAAAGUGAUUUGGAAAGAAAAUUAAAAAGUAAGAAAGGAAAAAAAAGUAAGAAAUCAUCAAAGGAGAAAUCCAGAAAAAGUCAUUCAAAGAAAAAAAGUCGUAAACGUCAUGCCUCGAGUUCUUCUGAUUCAUCAGAUUCUUCAAGUUCAUCAAGCAGUUCAGAAUCAAGUGAAAAUGAGAAAUCCAAAAAACGAAAGAAAAAAAGUAAAAAGAGCAAAGCGAAGAAACAAAAAGCAAAGCUAGAAGCAACCAAGUCAAAAGCUGUGAUUGAAAAACUACCAGUCAUUGUACCUGUGCAAGUUGUUAAGCUAUCAAUUCCAGAGGCAGAUGUUGGACCACAUAUUGAUUUGAAAUCGUCAAAGAUUAGAGCUCCCAUGACUAAAGAAGAGUAUGAAAAACAACAGAGUACUCUGAAGUGGAUUACAGAUCCUGAAACUGGAACAAAAAGACUAAUCCGUGGCAGUGGAGAGAUUGUGGAAGAAAUGGCCAGCAAAGAAAGGCCACAUUCCGUUAAACCUACUCCUAGUACACUAUUUGCCGCAGACGGAAACUUUUUUCAACCACAAACUAAUAUGAAAGCAAGGUCUACCUAUGAUUGAUCAUGUUUCUUCAUUAAAAUUGAGUUGAUUCAUUUACAUUUACAUCUAUUCAAUUCUUUUGCUCAACAUAUCUCUGAAUCAACGUCUUCGAUUCUUUUCGAAAAGACGUGGUUUAGAAACAAAAUUUGUUGAUUGAAGGGGGAAAAUUAAGCUCUGUAUUUGGGACUUUAAUUCAGUUUUCACAGUUUUAAUUAAUAUGAAUUUUUUUUACAACAGGAAUAUUUUUAAAUUUUGCUUUUUUAAAUUUAAGUUAAUAUCGAUGGUUUAGGCUGGUUUAGGCUACUUAGUCUUUAUCGAUUGAUAGACGGUUUAGCAACUUGGGAUAUGGCACGGUUGACAUUUUGCAGACUUGUGUUGCCGAACCCCAAAGACAGAUAUAAACACGCCGUUACCUGUGCAGAAGACUUGGUGUACCCUAAGUAUGUCACGUCGUUAAAGAAAAUAUCGAGAUUUGUGAUUUGUUGAACAUAUUUCCCAUUCUGUGUUUUUUUGAUGUUUCGAAAUGGAUCAGAUUAUUGCUAAAGGGGCUCGAUCAGUCUCUAAGAAAAGUGCCCUUGAAAGUAAACAGAAAAGAAAGAAAGAGAAAAAGAGUAAGAAAUCCUUAAAGGAAAAAAUAUCUCGAAAGAAGCAUUUAAAAAAGAAAAGUCGUAAACGUCAUUCAUCUAGUUCAUCAUCUGACUCUUCUAGUUCAUCCUCUAGUGGCAGUUCCAGUUCAGAAUCAAGUGAAGAUGAGAAAGCAAAGAAACGAAAGAAGAAGAAUAAAAAGAGCAAAGCCAAAAAAAAGAAAGCUAAAUUAGAAGCCAGUAUUGUCAAAGCUGUGAUUACAGAAAUACCGUUGACUCUACCUGUCAGUGUCAGCCAAACUAAACCAACAUUAGAAACAAAUGUUGGACCACAUAUUGAUUUAAAUUCUUCCAAGAUAAGAGCCCCCAUGACUAAAGAAGAAUAUGAAAAGCAGCAGAAUACCUUGAAAUGGAUUGUAGAUCCUGAAACAGGAAGAAGAAGGCUGAUUCGUGGUAGUGGUGAGAUCAUGGAAGAAAUAGUCAGCAGAGAAAGGCAUCAAGCUAUCAAUAAGCAGGCAACUAUUGCAGAUGGUAACUUUUUCCAAGCUCAGGCUAACUUACAAGCAAGAUCUUCUUAUGACUGAUUUUUCUUAAACUGACAAUAUAAUUUUUUAAUUAAA